ACCAACUUAGGAGUGCAGAGAAAUUCAUGCUUAGAUGAGUCUAUAUAUAAAAUAAACGAUGAACAGCGCAAGUAUUAUUUGAAGUGUUUCAACCACUUAAUGAUGGUUACUGUGGGGCAUGUUGAUAUCAGUGGCGCGGUGCAAGGAGCUCAUGAGCAAGUUGUAAAUUUUUUUAAAAAGAGCAAAUUGGACCGAGAAAAAUUGUCGAAGAUUUGGGCAUUGAGUGAUGUAAACGAAGAUGGUUAUCUCGAUUUUGCAGAAUUUUCAAUAGCAAUGCAUUUGGUUGUUUUGUAUGUUAAGGGCUCUGUUGAUAUACCAGAAAAGCUUCCGAUCAGUGCGCGACCACCAGUGACAGCGCCUCGCAAUUCAGGUAGCUUUUCGUCAUACAUAUUUUUUAAUAUGGCAGAAAGGUUAUAUAUUUUUUAUUGGUGUGAUCCUGACCAGGUGUUUCGAAGAUCUGCAAUGAAAGCAGCACAGCGGGACAGAAAUCACUAUUGGAGUGACAUGGCUUUGAGAAUAGAGACGGCGGCUCGAUUAGACGAUAAUAGGAAACUAUUCCUCUUUCUUCAUAAAGCAACUAUAACUCGGGAAACGAUCAGUGAAAUGAUAAGGGAUAGCAAUGGCGUGCCAGUCAAGAGCAUUAAGGACCGCCUCAUAAGAUGGAAAGAAUUCUUUGAGAUCAAACUUAACCACGAAGCGCCUGUUGCCCCUGAUAUAGCUGAUACGGUUGCCGGACCAUACGUUUGCAAUUGCGAGUCUCCAACAGAAGAAGAAAUAAUCUCCGUUAUCAAUAAGCUUAAGGCCAAUAAGGCUCCGAGAAGAUGGUCUUCGGACCGAACUCAUCAAAUGUUAUCUAUCAUCCUUCAUAGCGUAUCUUGA